CCGUCGUUGUAAAUAAGAAUUUGUUCUUAACUGACUUGCCUAUGUAAAAUAAAGGUGAAAUAGGAUUCUCGCGUCUGGUUUGGUCAGCAUGUCGUCGAGCAGGAAGAAAGUAUCGCCAAGGAAAGGAUGAUGGAAGAAUCUCCUGCUAUGAAGCUGCCUGUUGUCAACGGUUAUCGCAGCGAAUGAGGAUAAACCGGUUGAUGGAAGAAUCAUCUGCUGUGAAGCUGCCUGUUGUCAACGGUUAUCACAGCUAAUGAGGAUAAACCGGUUGAUGGAAGAAUCUCCUGCUGUGAAGCUGCCUGUUGUCAACGGUUAUCACAGCUAAUGAGGAUAAACCGGUUGAUGGAAGAAUCAUCUGCUGUGAAGCUGCCUCUUGUCAACGGUUAUCACAGCUAAUGAGGAUAAACCGGUUGAUUCAACUGUUCCUAGGCCCUCAUUGUACAUAAGAAUUUGUUCUUAACUGACUUGCCUAGUUAAAUAAAGGUUAAAUAAGCUAAGGUUUGUCAGUCAAAUAGGCUACAUAUUUGAAAACAAUGAAAGCCUGUGUUGAUUUGGAUCAUAAGAAUGACUGGAAGUCUAAGGAAACUGUUAGCGCAAUGACGAAGUCUACAGCCUGCCUGUGUUGAUAUGGAUCAUAAGAAUGACUGGAAGUCUAAGGAAACUGUUAGCGCAAUGACGAAGUCUACAGCCUGCCUGUGUUGAUAUGGAUCAUAAGAAUGACUGGAAGUCUAAGGAAACUGUUGGCGCAAUGACGAAGUCUACAGAAACAGCUAACGCUAGUUAGCAUUGGCUCGCGAAACUAUGUCUCUAACUGAUUUCAUACUGGACGGCGGAGACUUAAACAUGGCCAUUUACCUCUGGGGAAGUAAAGAAACUCAUUGCCAUAAUCCUGAACUGUUCCUUUAAAUAUCAGCUAAUAAUAACAUGAAGUUACAGAUGAGUGUUUUGAUGUAUAAAUCCUUUUUUUACAGGUUCUCUAAAGUCCUGCCAUUGACUGCAUUGUCGUUGUUGCCACACGAGCAGAACAAUAUGAAUCCACUCAGUUCAGAGAAGGAAACGUUGAUUGAUGAAAUUGAACAGAGUUUAUUCACGUUAACUGUGGACAAUUUACGCUACCUGUGUGAAAGUCAUGGCAAAGAUGGAUCUGAAAUUAAAGGGAUGAAUCAUCGCUUAUUAAGGCGUAAAGUCAUGGAGGAAAUGUGGGACAAUAUGGAGUCAAUGAAAUCAGAGGAGCAGGGAAUGUCUUGGUUAGUCCAACUGAAAGAGGACAUCAGGAGGAUGCUGGAGGAUGCUAGUGGGGCACCAAUUAGUCCCAGCCAGUCUGAUGAUGAUGAUGAUGCUGUAGACUAUGACGAAGAAUGCGACAAGGAGGACAGCGAUUGGUUGCCUAGCAAUGGACUGAAGGCGGAACACUUGAGUUCCAGCCGAUCCGAUGAUGACGCUGCAGACUGCGACAAAGACUGGGACGUGGAGGACAAGGUUUGGUUGGCUAGCGAUGGGCUGGAGGCAGAGUCAGAUCCAGAGAGGCACACUCCAGAGCAGAGAAACAAGCUUCCUACGUCACCCUCCGCCCUCCUGAAGCCCCCAGGUCGUGCCUCUCCCAGUAGCGUAUUACUGCUGGGUCUGAAGAGGGUGUCCGUGCGGCUGGUCGACUGCAGGAAGACACCGGGGCAGAGUAGCCAUAUAAUACACAAGACAACACAGACGGGAGAGAAACCCCACAGCUGGUCUAAUGCUGAACAACACAAAACCCUCUCAGGAGACAGGCCUGGCUCCCAUAUCUGUGAUCACUGUGGGAAGACUUUUACCACAGCAAGAAGUCUACAACUACACCUACAGUACCUGAAGAGAUACAGAGAUAACUUGACUGGAGAGAAACCACACGUGUGCUCUACAUGCGGAAAGGGAUUCAGUGAGGCUGGCAGUCUUAAGAGACACCUGAGAACUCACACUGGGGAGAAACCGUACGUCUGCCAUCAUUGUGGGAAGGCUUGGAGUGAUUCUGGAAACUUAAGGAGACACACGAGAAAAACUCACCCAGGAGAGAAGGUCAUUGUGAAGAGCGUCCUUACAGGAGAGAAACCUUACCAUUGCUCCUCUGAUGACUGUGGGAUGAGCUUCGUUACCUCACGCAAACGCAGAGUACACCAGAGAAAGCACACAAGAGAGAAGCUUUUCAGCACGCCUAAUGCUAAGCAACGUAAGGAACCUCUCUCAGGAGAUGGCUCCCAUAUCUGUGAUCAUUGUGGGAAGAGUUUUAUCACUGCACGCAGUCUAAAACGACACUUACAGUACCUGAAGAGAUACAGAGAUAACUUGACUGGAGAGAAACCACACGUGUGCUCUACAUGCAGAAAGGGAUUCAGUGAGGCUGGCAGUCUUAAGAGACACCUGAGAACUCACACUGGGGAGAAACCGUACAUCUGCCAUCAUUGUGGAAAGAACUACAAUGAUUCAGGAAACUUGCAGAGACACAUCAGGACUCACACAGGUGAGAAACCUUACCACUGCUCGGAAUGCGGUAGGAAUUUUCGUGAAAAAAUAAGCCUUGUACAUCACCGGGAAGUUGUUCACACAGACCACCCUCACCGCUGUGGUCACUGUAUGAAGAGCUUCGUAAGUGAAUCUAAACUGGAAUCACACAUGCAAACCCGGCAUCCGCCAAAUGAUCCUCUGAAAAAGCCACACGUGUGCUCUGAAUGUGGAAGGGGUUUCGGUGAGGCCGGUAGUCUUAAAAGACACGUGAGAAUCCAUACCGGGGAGAAACCGUACGUCUGCCCUCGUUGCGGUAAGGAUUUUACUCAAUCUGGACUCUUACAGAGACACAUGAGAACGCACACGGGAGAGACACCUUACCACUGCUUGGUGUGCGGGAUGAAGUUUCGCCAUACAAUCUCGCUAAAGCAGCACCACCUGAAGAACCACAAGGGGGAGACACUGGGUCCAGUCCGUAUGCACCAAGGCCCUCUUCCAUGCCCCCACUGUGGGGAGAAGUUCUCUACCAAGGCUCUUCUAAAGGGUCACAUUCAGAAGACUCACAAAAGCAGAGUCCACUGCCCACAGUGCGACAAGACCUUCACCACUAAAGGUAGUUUACUAGUCCACCAGAGGAAGCACACUGGAGAGAGGCCUUACCUUUGCCCUCAGUGUGGGAAGAGUUUCUCCCUGACAGGGAGUUUAAAACUUCAUCUCCGGAUUCAUGCGGGUGAGAAACCUUACUGCUGUACUUACUGUGACAAGAGCUUCACAAGUAAGAGCCACUGCAUUCUACACCUGCGAAUCCACACUGGAGAGAAACCGUACCAAUGCCCUGACUGCGGGAGGAGGUUUCGUGACGGGAAUGUCUUGAAAAACCACCGGCGGACCCACACAGGAGAGAAACCGUUCCAGUGCCACGUGUGUGAUAAAGCCUUCGCCCAGUGGAGCAGUCUGAAGAAACAUCAGGACACACACAGGCUAACACAGCCUGUCUCUGUCCCAAGACUCCCUAAUCCCUACCCACCACCCAAUCAGCAUGUCCCUUAUCCCUACCCAUCACAGACUCAAUGGUAACCUGGUUUAUCACCUGUCCAAUCCCUUAAAGAGGGAUUCCUUACGAUACCCAGACAGAAAAAUACCAUGAGGCAAACUAUGUAGCUGAUAGACCACAGCAUCAUUGUAUAGUUUUUUUUUUUGGGGGGGGGGGGGGUUUAUAGCUUUGCUGAGGUUGGAGGCCUGUGAUUUCGAUUAGCUAAAGAAACACAUGAAGGCCUAGAAGCUUUCCGAGUACAGGGGAAAUUCACCAAACAUAAUCCAUAGAAUAAAACAUGAACACCUUCCUAAUAUUGAGUUGCACCCCAUUUUGCCCUCAGAACAUCCUCAGUUUGUCGGGGAAUGGACUCUACAAGGUGAAGAAAGCGU